UCAGGUAGGCAGGUGUCUUCGGACUUCUGUCCUGUCGUUUUCACCAAUACUAUCCUGUAAAAUCGGACCAUUUUGCUAACUUAACCAAUCGUGCCCGUUUAAUCUAACGAUUUCCUUGAAAACGCCAAUAACGAGCUAACUAGAAUGCACGAAGUUUCUAUGGCAACCAACUGGCGUACGUAAACAAACCAGCAGCUCGGCCUGUCCUGUGGUUUAUAACGGCGACAGUCGUCCUUCUCAAGGAGGCACUCCCUACGGCGAGGCUGUUAAGAGCACAAAUGUGCAACGUUAGAAGAAUAACAGAGCCGGGAAUCACGUGCGGAGGGAAACGCCCUCUCGAGUCAGCUGACCAGUUCCUUUGAAACCCGGUUGGUCGGAUGACACUUUGGUCUUGUGAGUGAAGAUCGGGGUGAAAAUCGAAGUUUGAAGUAGGAAGUUGAGUAAGUGAAGGAAAGAACUAACGUAAAGCGUUAUGCAAAGGUCCGGCCGUUAAGUCAUGGAAGAACCGUCGGUAUCACCCUUCGAGAAAGAUCCUGCGGAGCUCAGCGUGGAAGACGUAUACGACAUAUCGUACGUGAUCGGGAGAGACCUCUUAAAGAUCGGAUGCCGCGAGGAGGUUUCUGAUCUGCAGUUUAAGAUCGUGCGAGUGUUGGAGGUGUUGGAGUCACUGGUCAACCAGCAGAACCUGGCCGUGGAGGAGCUGAAACUUGAAAGGGACAAUCUGAGGACCGAAGUGGAGAGGCUGGUGGGAGAAGGAGCCCGAGACGGUCAAGGCACGCAGCAGAUUGCUUCAGAUCAGCUUGUCAUUGACCUCAAAGACCCCAAUCGGCCCCGCUUCACACUGCAGGAGCUGCGGGAUGUGCUGCAAGAGCGCAACCAACUGAAGGCGCAGCUGCUCCUAGCACAAGAAGAGCUCCAGCUGUUCAAGAGUGGCCUUCACCCACAAAGUGAGAAACAAGCCCUGGAUGGAAUGUCUGAAGACAAUAAAAGGAAACUAAGUGAUGCCAAAGACGACAAGACCACAGUACGGCGGCUGUUCUCCUUUAGCAGAAGGUGAAACUUAUUUCACUCAUCCUCUAAACAGACCAGCAUUACUUCUUCAUAGAUCUGCUGAUUGACAAGUGAAGAGUGUUAGUUGCUAGUGCAGCCAUCAGAGGCUUAACAGUAUUUACUGAAACUGAACACGGACAUACUGAGCAAUAAAUCUGCCAUUAAUCAGAACAUGUAUUGCUUAUCAGCAGACAUGGAGUUUGUGCUGAUUGCACUCUAUUAUAGUAAUUUUUCAUCUGUUUUUGUCCUAAGGGUACAGAAGGGGAAUUAAUUUAAAAAAAAUAUUAUCCAUUGAGGUAUGCAAGUAGAAUACAUGGGGGGUAAGAAUGUAUAAAAAAUUGUUAAAAUGGUCAAUCUGGUCAAGUAUUUCUGCCAGGUGUGUCAUGCUUCUACAAUCAUGGUAUUAUGAAAAAAAAGCACACACCAGAUUCUGGACAAUACAAGCUGAAACAAAAGCACAGCAAUUACAAUCUUGACACUUAAAGGACAAAUUACACAUUCUCAAUUCUGUAAUCUAACAGUUAUGAUUGAGAGCACAUUCUGGGUCAACACCUUUGUCAGCUCUAACACACACACACACAGAUUUGUCCUGCUGAUGGUGUAUUUCCGUAGGUUGACAUUAAAGUCUAUACAAGUACUUACUGUAUAUAGAAAAUGAUUAAUAAAAUGUGCAAACAACUUUCUUUUCAAAAUCAGCUUUAAAAAGGUAACUCAAAGCAAUUAACUCACGAUGUAUGUUUUUAAUUUUUCCUUUAAACUUUGCUGGAUAUUUAUAUAACUUAUUUUACUCCCUGUCGUUUGUUAACACUUCAAUUUUAGGACCAAUUUUUAAAAGAAACAUGCACUUUCAAUAAAAAUGAUUUGCACUAACUUUCAGCAGGAGUAUUAAUGAAUCAAGUAAUGAUUCAAGGGAUAAUAAAAGGUAACCAUUGUAUGCAAACAGCCAUGUGAGAAAGAAAAAAAAAAAAUCAGAUUUAGGCCACGCAUCCAAGUACAAAUGUUCUGUACUGUAUUACUUAAGUGUCCCGUUGUCAUCAAUACAAAAUCAUGCUAGUUAAUGUAGAAUCACCGACACCAGUUCAUAAUAAAACGAUUCUUCACAGCAGAUCAAGUGGGUAAACAUUCUAGGUUUGUGUUUUUCUUUAUAUCACGUGAGAAAGACCGACACUUGACCAAACUUUGAUGGUCUCAAAUAGUUUUAGUAAAUCAUGUGUUGUAUGAUUCUGAACACCCAACGAGGCUGCCUUAAUUUAAGAGAUUUUUUUGUUUUGUUUAUUCAAAACUGUUUUCUGUUCAGUUUUCACCUAUGUGAUCUGCAAAUGAAAUAAAGGUACCCUUUCACUUCUAGACUUGAUGUUACUUAUUUUUAAAAAGUGCAGUUUGAUGUGACUGAACCAUUUUGAUCAUGUUUGAAAGACAGCAGUAAUAAGAAUUGAAAGAAUGAGCACCACAAUCACUGGUACCACCUUGUGGCUUCCAAAAUAUGCCACCUGGCUAGAUCAUCAAAAAGGUAUUCAGGAUUGCCCCAUGGUAGAUUUAUUUUUUUUAUCCUGAAGGGGAAUUUAACGAGUAGCAUAAUUUAAAAAAAAAAAAAAUUCUUCUAAAGCGCUCACAGAUUUAUUGUUACAAAGCAUUUAAACAUUUAUUUUAUGUACACAAGAUUUUAUUAAAUAAACCUCACUGGCAAUACAAAUUCUCCUGUUUCAGGUUUACUGAUGACAUAAGUCACAUUUUUUUAUUUUUUCAAUGCACACACAAUCAUAUUGAAAUAUUCUUCAAAAAUUGCAAUAUGCUACAAACUUUUUGCUGGUACCACAAAUAAAAGUAUUAUUGCUAAGCAUAUGCUCAUCUAAAACAUCUAGUAUCAGAAUAGAAAAUCUGUAUUUAAAAAAAAGUGCAGCUACAUUACAACUGCAUGCUCUGGAAGCACUCACCAGCUCCUAUACAAAAUAUACAAAAAUGGUUUGAAAUCUAGCACUGCUGUAUACUAUACAUAUAUAU